AAGAAGAAGAGUCUCCUGGAGGUGUGGAGUUGGAUCUUUCUGAGCUCUUCUCUUCGUUUAACGUUUAUCCUCUGAACCCCGGUGCACAAAGUGGGCGUGGCUUCACAUCCUUAGUCCUCCAGCUGAGUGGAGCCUCCUCCACUCCUCCUCCUGGUGGAAGCUAGCCGUGCACCAUGUCCAAGUAUUCGUGGAAGCGCCGUCUGAGUCCGUGGUUGUGUGUGGAGCUCCUCCUCCUGCUGCUGCUGCUCCUCUCAGACUCCUCCUCCGCUGUAUCCAAGAAGGAUCUCCCAGACCCGGCGGAUCUACCGCAGGUCAGCGGAACACAAGGGGGCAGCACUACUCUGGAUGGGAGCGAUGGUGUCGCCACUUCUGUGGACAGCACUCAAAAGCCUCCAGAGACGAAGGACUCCCAGGUCACCGUCGGAAUCGCGUCCGUCAGCCAACCGUCGGUUUCUGUGGCGCAGAGCGACUCCAGCUCGAACAAUGAAUCUCUGACCACGGCCACGACGGCGGCGCCGCAGGUUCAGACCUCCCUCAACUCGUCCUCCACCACCCCGCCCUCGCAAGGGGAACCAACGGCCUCGCCAUCCACCCGGCAGCCGUCUACAUCCAGUGAUCCGACGGCGUCGGCAGGGAAGGGGCCUCCAUCUGCUUCGACUGUCAGCUCCACUGCAGCGACUGCAGACGCCAUCACCAUCACGACCACGCCUCUGGCAGCUCCUACCACCAUGACCGCCACCAGGCCUCCGGGAGCCCCCACCACCACGUCUGUGGGAACUCCUAACACCACCAACUCUACGCCUUCGAUGACGACUACAACUAGGCCUCCUACAACUCCUCCCACCGCAACAACCAGGCCUCCUACCACAACUACAACCACCACCACCACCACCACCACCACCACAGCAACACCACACCUUCCAACAACGAGAGUUCCUACUUCUGCUCCAGCUCCUCCCCCCUCCAGCAGUAACCGCACGCUCACCCCCGCCCUCAAAGACCCGGCCGCCUCCGCCCCCGCCUCCGCCCCCAGCGCCCUGACCCUGGGGGACACGGCGUCGCUGCUGGCCGUGCUGCUGUUCGGCCUGCUGUUCUUCCUGGUGACGGUGGCGGUGUUCGUCACGCAGGCCUACGAGAGCUACAGGAGGAAGGACUACACGCAGGUGGACUACCUGAUCAACGGGAUGUACUCGGACUCCGGCGUGUGAGCGAGGACGAGCGCGGCGCUCGGGGGCGUCGGUGCUGCGAGGUCUCGGGGCGACCCCCAGCCUCGGAUAUUUCAGGAAGUGGCGCUAAGAGACUCAAUCGACCAGCAAGGACUCCGUCUGCUCCGUCACUUCCAGGCUUUCUCCUUUCACUCGUGCUUCUCGGAGCGCCGGCUCGUCCCGCUUUAUCCGGUCAGCGUGGGUCCUGACUUCACUAUGUCCCGAUAACUCAAUGCCUUUCUAAUCACUGCUGCUCAAAACACGGUGGGAUCAUUUCAGUUCCGCUUCAUUCCACACCAUUUCCAUCAAAGUUCAGGAGUCGUUUUCACCAGUGUAGCAUGAGUGAGAGGCCGAAUGAAGACCAAAGCCGAGUGUGGCUGUGAAGCUCCCCCCGCCAUUUCCCCCCCGCCAUCAGAUGGUGACCGGUUCUCGGACUGCUGCUCUCCAGCUAAAGUGCCUCCGACAGGAAGUGCAGAUCAUGUGAUCAGAUUUACUGUCCAUCUUUUCAGAUGCCAGUGUUUCCACCUCCGUUUAAAAAGAUGCUAUAUUUUCCUCUCAGAAUAGUUAUUUUUUCACUAAUUUUGCUCUUAGUUUUUCCCGUCUUCUGAUAUUCUCAGAGCUUAAUUCUUCAUCUAGUGACAGCCUUCAUUUAGGUCGGAAUUAGUUGAGAUUUGUGUGAAUUGUUUUGUUUUUUAUUGUCGUCACUCUGACAGCUGCUGGUUUACUCACCAGGUGGAUGCUGGUGUUUUUUCCCUCAGGUGGGAUUAGAACCAGGCGAAGUAACGUGCACACUGAUCCCACGGUGUCUCACACACUCAUUCCAUCGUCAUCUGACUGAUUCGACUGUUAUGGGAGAGCACGGGUCGUGCGCGGCUCUGCGAACUCCCCGUCUCUUCCUGGCUCCCGCAGGUCCGGAUCAAUGUCUGACCUUUCCGUUCUCGCCAAUAUUUCUUCCACAUGUCCUUUAGUUUCAUAAGCAGAGAGUCGUAUCAGAGAACGGCCCAUCAGCCCGUGUUAGCGGCUGGACGCUAUCUGAUGGAACAGAUCGGUUGCCAUAGUAACCACUGGACUGCCCACCGGGAUGGAGAAUUCAGUAGUGAUGGAGCCUCCUGCUGUUCAUCGUUCCAUCAACUCCAUCCUUUUCCAAUCAUUCCUUUUCUUUUUGCACCAGGACACGUCAAACCGGAGUGCUUCCAUGAGAAACUCUGCAUUCUCAGCUUCAAAGUAGGAACAGACGCAGGUGUUUUCCUGUCCCAGUAUUGGCUUGUGAUGGUGGAAGUAGUGGAGAACGCUGAGGGGCCAGCGCAGCGUCUCCUCCAGCUGCUGCGAAGGUUUUUCCCCAAAAGGUCCGACGACAUUUCAGCCACAUCGUCUUCCACAGGCAGCGCGGAACAAGUUGGUUCAGUCUUUGCUCAUGAUGAAUGUAUUUCUUUUUUUGGAUUCUUAAACCCAAACUGCAGCUCACUUCUCAUGCAUCAGCGUCCCAGUGAGUGACUCGCAGAGACCUGAGAGGAAUCUCGGCGUGUGAGAGCGCAAUCAUUUUAAUGAGCUGGUUAUGGAAGCCAUCAGCGUCCGUCCGCCGGGGCAGGAGCUGUGGAGACCGGGGAGGAUAAUGACGGCGUCUCUGAUCUCCUUCCAGUCCGAACGUUUGGACUGUCGAUGGUUCAGCCUUGAAACGCAGAGGAGGGACGGAGGAGCGGCGUUUAUUUCUGAAUUACUGAUGCCUUUCCUCUCCUCUCCAGCAGAUUGUAUUUUAAUUUCUCUUCUUGCGGGCGGUGGAAAUCACUGAAGCACAUUUUGAUGAUAAAGCCAAGGGAAACGUAAAGCCAUGAUGAGUUAUCUACCAGAGCUGUAUCAACCAAACAUUCCACUCGUCACAUGCCAUGCUUUCUUUAAGAAAAAAAUUAAGAAAAGUAGCUCAUUUGUUGAUUUCUUGUCUUGUUUUUUGUGGAGAAAAUCUAAAGACCUUUCAGAUUGUCUUAUUGAGCACAGUGUUUGAGCACUGCUGCUUCGUUUGCACUCAGAUUUUUAUUUUCCCUUAAUGUAAAGAAAGUAGAGCAAUAUUGUUUCUUAAUGAGAGCUGAAAAAAUGUCUUUUUUUUAUUUUUGAGUAUUUUCAUUAUUUUGUUUCUCGGUACAAAUGUUUUCCACAUUUUGAUUUCUGACCAAA